ACCAGCCGGCUUUAUGGUGGCGCGUUCUGGCCAACUUGGACCGAUUCAGUCGCACUUCGAAAGUGGUCCGGUGUAAACGUGAAAUUUUUCGCUUCGCGGCUUGCUGUGAGACAAAAAAAAAAGCCCAGCGCCACGCUCUGGACACCUGUAACAAAGAGGCGGGAAAGUGAAAUUAUAACAUUUGCCCUUUUGGCAUCGGAGUUUAAUUUCGGGUGAGGGGCGGUGCGGAGAGAACCUCAUCCAGUUUUUAAGCUGUGAAAUGGACGCUGCGCGUAACGAGGCCUGAAAACAAUUGGGAAAUUUGAUACUCAUCACGACGGUUCGGAUUGCGGCGGCUUAACCUGUGGUAUUUUCAUUUUUUUUUUCUUAAUUCUCUCUGUUAGUUUUGUCAUUUCGUUUACACAUGUUCGUACCUGUGCUCGAAAAUAGUGAAUAAAACCAUUCGUGUGAAGUGGUUUUACGCAGGCCAGCGUGAAAUGUGAGCGCGCAAUAGUCCAACGAUUUCAGAAAAAAAAACUGCCCGGUUUAAGUUUCUGAAAAAUAAAAACAAAAGGGCAAGGAAUAUGAUUAUUGUGGUAUUUCACUGGAAUUAAGACGUAACCAUUGAGCUAGUGACGAAAAAUCGGUGUUUGGUUAUCUUGUUAAUUGAAACUCGCCCCAGUCUAACGGAAUACUCCACAUCGACCAGACCAGACCAGCAUCCUCAUCAGCUUCGCCACGUGAUUGAGUGAUUUCAAUUUUGCAAGAUCACGAACGCGGAAGACCUGCCUGCUUCGGAAAAUUCUGUGUGUACUAACCGGUGGGAAAAGAGUGGAAAAUUGUGUGUUUGUUAGUGAGUGUGGCCAGCGGAAAACUAAAUUUGCAUAGGAUUUGUGCAAACAGUUUUAAUGCUUCUCAAAGUGGAUUAGUGGCUCGAGACCUGGUGCUAUAGUGCGUCGCGUUCCCUGUGUUCCACACCGCGCUGGUCUGGAGUUUGUUUUUUUUUUGUUCCAGUCCCACGCUUCAAACGCAACGAGGGAGGAAGCAAUAUCCAUUCGGUCAAACCACUUUGUCCUUAUCACCGAUUCAGACCACAUCCGACCCGUUUAGUCUAGUCCCUUUCCUCAAUCCCAGCUCGGAAAGUGGCACACCGUCAACAUAAAAAAGGAAGGAGCAAAUUUCACAUGUAGUGAGACACCGGACCGGAGGCACUUGGGUCACACUAGCAGCGUGUGCGUAACUCUCAACAUGUCGCACGCCGCCGACCCGCAGCUCCGUCCAGAUCCAGUCCAGGACACCGUGAGCCACCCCAACCUGCCUCGUCGCCGGUCGACCGGAUUACGACGACGGGUGGAAUCAGCAGAAAGAAUGUAGAAUGAAAAUUCCAAGCAUCAACAAUUACAUUGUCCACUUGUGUGCUGCUGCUGCCGUGGUUACAGCUGCUGGUGCCCCGAGGACACACUCGUCACCGGCACCACCCGGCGUUGGGUUGGACAACGCAAUAUGCACAUCACUCUGGCAGCUGGCGGCAGUGGCGUCCGCGGCGGGGGAGGUGGGGACAGAAAAAUCCUACUCGCCUGCGUACACAUCCUGCUCGUGCUGAUCAACGAUGCUCUUGGUCUGCGCAAGGGACGCCUCAUGGUCCCGUCCAGCUAUGCCGCCCAAACGGACGACCUGGACAUCCAGCUGCAGGCGGAUAGUGGCGAGUUGAUGAAACACGAAGAUGCGCUUGAUUUGAGGCUGCAAAUUUCGCUCGUUAGACCGUCCGGCGGAACGACCAUCUCGAUGCUGGAUAUCAGACCCGACGUGAAUCACAACGUGACACAAAUCAAAAUACCGUGCAGUUACUUUAUGUACGGUGGAAUGUACGAGUUGAGCGUGGAACAGCCGGCGGGAGUGCUACUUCGGAACGACUUGGAGAUGGACGAACGGCUCAGACAGCAGCUCAACGUGAGCUGGCCGGUGCCGGUUUUGAAUUUAGUGCCUAAUACAAUCAGUACGUACCCGGAGGAGAUAGUGCGGGGGAGUUUGAGCUUUCCAGACGUUCGAUGUCCCGGAUUGGCAUCGACAAUCAACGAUGAAUCGAGUGAUGUGCCAGAGUUUUGGCUUGAACUGGUUUAUUGUGGGCGGAAUGAGGCGUGUCCGUUGGAAAACGUUUCAAAACCUCAAAUUUUAUUCUCCGAACAAGUGCGGGGGUUCCCCCGCUCUCGAGAGAUUAAUUUUCGUUGUGAUCUGUUCGGAUUGGCAGGGUACUACCUGUUGCAUUUGCGUGCCUCUAAUCCGGACCCAUCGUUAAGGGACAUGUUGAGUGGUGCGAGGGCGAUCCUGAAAGCGGACUGGAGCAAGCAGUACAUUUUUACUGUUCACGCUCGCAGCAUAUUCCCGUGUGAUGUGCACGGCGACGGAAUCCGGCUGCUGUUCCAGUAUCCUUCCUGUAUCCUCGACCAGUCCGACCGGGUUCGGGUUUACGGCAAGCUGCGAGCGGAUGUAACAUCCCUGGCGCCCCCAACCUCGCUCCACUACAUCGCCGAACAGCGGGUAAUGAAGGGGCAGCACUCUUUGUACUUUGGGUGUGACCUGUUCUAUGAAAAAUACAUCGAGUACUGCUUCGUGUACGUGAGCCAGGCAAUUUCCGGAGCUGUGGCCGACAUCCGCAUGGACUGUGUACCAACCCUUCCGGUGUCUCCAUCCGACUCCGGCGGAUGGGGACCAUGGAGCAACUGGACCCACUGCUCAACCACGUGUCGCGGUGGCGUUCGCAAUCGGUACCGAUUUUGCGACUCACCACCACCACGCUACGGAGCGAAAUUCUGCGAGGGCUCCUCCGUCCAAACGGAACGCUGCGGAGUUCAGUCCUCGUACGACUCGUGGGAGUGCAUGUUUAGUCCGGUGGCCGGCAGCAACCUGUCGAUCGAGGUGUCCAACAUUGGCACCGAGGUAGGACCGGCAUGCCGGUGCGGUUGCGUCAUUCACUUGGGCGCGGUCAAGCCGAAACGGAUAGUGGCGUCCUCCUCGGAGAGCUGUCCCGAGCGCAGUCUUUGGCUGGUGCAAGGCGACGACGGCCAUCGGAUACGAUUCUCGAUGAACUACAGCCGGUUUCCGUGCGACCAGCAGUGGAUCAAGGUUCGCGACGGAGAGAAAUUGUCCAACGAGCUGAUCCUGGAGUACGCUUCCGGUCACAUCGAGUCGGGCAAGAGUGCCACUUCGAGCGGUUCUCGGCUGUUGAUUGAGUUUCACUCCAGGAAAAUGGAGCAUUACGACGAGAACUGCAUUGCGGGGUUUCUGGCACAAGCCGAACAAAUUAGAACAGAGAAUCACCAACCAAACGUGUCAGUUUCCAUCGCCAGCAAGGUGAUAAUGCCGUUUGUACAGUCAUUUAGCUAUGCCAAUUUAACGUUAGCUCACAUUUGUGCAAUAGUAUUCAUUAGCGCCAUAAUAUUCAUAACAUUCAUACUGCUGAUCCAAUACCUGUUCCGCUACCGCAAGUACGAACUGGCCAUCAGUCAAACGGAGGCAGAUUCUCCGGCACACACGUUGUUCGGCUCGGGAAACUCCCUCAACAACGACCAACCACGGUCACGUGCCGUUUCGACGACAACCCUGAUCUCCGAGAUUGCUUCGUACGUCAAGUUACGUCCCAAGAAUGGUUCCAUCAAACAUCACCGCUUCCGGGAGAGCGUAGAGUACACGCUGGAGAACAACGACCAUCCAUCCGACGGAAGUGCCGUCGAGUUUGCCAAGGAAGCGUCCGUGGAAAAGAUGGACGGAAUUCCGAUGCAAGCGCUCAACAAUCUGGACGCUCCAAACGGACGGCGGAGGAGCGAGUGCAGUUCACCGACGGAAAUGGUCGAUCAGCUCUCGGACGAUCAAUCGACCAACGUUAGCUCGGCGUACUCCUCACUCAACCGGGACAAGACGCCGCUGGUGUCGCGAAGGGUGGGCAAAAAGUCCCCGGAAAAGCGGAGCGAAGUCAAGAGUGAAGGAGACUGCUCACCAAAUGAAAAGGUCCCACUUGCAUCUGGUUCUAGCACGAUAACGCUGACCAACAUUAGUCCAUCCGAUGUUGAAUGUUCAUCACCAGCCCCGAGCAUCGCAAACAUCUACAAGACGCGUAACCUGAAGGAAAGCAAGGAGAAGCGAAACCUGCGCAAGUUGUUGGCCGGUUCGGACUUUUCCCUCGGCCACCCGGAAGACAUGGAGAUGGAUUACUACGACUACAAUGUGACCAACGCCGGAGCCGCUCCGGGUUCCUAUCUGGGCAUGGAUCCUGCUUUUUUAGUCUGGAUCCCUCCGCUCAACGAUGAGGACAUCACGGAGGAAGUCGACAUGGACCGGUCCAACACAGAGGACGGGACAAACUCGGAACCCAGAAGUACCAACAUUACACCGAACGAAGAAAUUAUAAAAAUUCUUCAGCAACGCCGAAACGAUUACCUAAUCGUCAACAGCAUCUCCAAGAGCGACAUCUACUCGGAAGCGGAACAGCAAGACAACCGGUUGGCCAAACGGAACCACCUCCAAGAGCUAGCCAUCAACAACGCGCGGCGGAAGCUGAGUUCCCCGGAGGAGGAUUCGACCGAGGAGAAGGAAAAGGAAACGUCCUUCACCAAGUCACCCGCCGAUAACAAGCAAAUUGGCGAUUUCUACGAACUGGCCGACAUCCAGUUCGCCGACGAUGAAGAUGAAGACGAAGAGGACGACGAGGAAACGAUAGCACGGCAAAGUGCGAAGGAAACACCGCGAAAAAGUAAAAAGGACACGAAACCGACCAAGGUGUGAAACGUACAAUAUUUGACAUAUCCGUGUAGGGAUUCUGGGAUCGUUGUUACGGUAGAAGAUAUCCAAACAGAGAAUGGGACCUCUUUCUAGUCAGGAAUUUUCCCCACUGGAUACGCGAUAGUAUAGAGAAUAUUUACAGACCCAACUGUGUAGAAGAAGCGCAAUUACUUUGCUUCCUUCUCUUAGAAGAUUUUUAAAUUUUUAAUUUUAAGAAAACUAAUCGCAGUACGCGCCGUGUAAUUAGUAGGCGUUGCCCAACUGGCUUGUUUGCGCUUCCGGUACCACUGUGUUUUGGUUCGAUUUCCGGUUAGAUUUCAAUCUCAGUUUGGUUCAAACUUUCUCUGGGUUAUCUCAAGGCUUGCUCUUUUGCUGUGGUUUUGACACUCGAAUCAUGUUUUUGGACAUUUUUCAGGUAUUGAAAUCACAGUUUGAAGACAUUUUUACAAUAAGGAAUUUUAUUAUAAGCAAACUUGUAUGGAAAUGACUGAUUGUAAAUAGAUUUUUAGCAGUAUACCCUCACAAAAAAAAAAAGAAAAAUGAUCAACAUCUUCGUCAUGCCAACUAAUUUGAAAUUCUAAUGUGGCUUUCUUCUUUUUCAUAAAUCAAUUUUUAAAGGAAUUUUUGUCCAUUGAUUUAUUAUGCCCAACUAAGCCAUUUUGCAUAAUUGAGUGCUGAACUCGGAUUUGUUCGUUUCAACUUCGUGUGCGUUCACUGACGGUCGCUUCGAAAUGACGAUCAUGACAGACAAUUUUGUUUUGCUUCUUUUUUUAAUCUCGGCAAUUUAAACUCAAUUUUCAGAGAACUUUAUAUUUUUUGGGAAUGGACAAAAGAGGACGCUAGGGAAAUGCAAAGUUAUGUAAAAUAACUUAUUUGGACAUAAAAAAAAUAUGGACACAAGUUUAAGAAAUCAAUAAAAAGAAGAAAAUACAGAAAAUAAUCAAAUUUGUUUUUGGAGAACUGCUAAUCGUUGAAAAUAAAUCAGUUCUGACUAUCAGAACUUACUGUUUAGUCCAAUAUAAUUCCACAUAACAGCUCAUUGUCGUUUCAAAGUACAUUUAUUUAAAUUAUUGAAUAACUGAGGGAUACUGCUUGCAUGUAGAAAUAUAUAUUCCUAUAUUAAGAAAAGCUAACGUAACGUGUAAUGUGUAUAAUUUUAGACGAAUAGAAGCGGCAUAUACUUUGUUUAUUUAGUAGGUAAAGUGAAGUUUAAAGCUUACGAAUUUUCCACAGAGCAACAUUUCCCCAUACGCUUUUCAUCUGCAAAUAAAUUAAACAAAAUCAAACCAUUCUUUAGGACAAACUUGAGUAAUUUUGGAUAGGACGGUAUAAUUUACGCAAAAAAAAAGUUGAGUGGCCAGUUUUACGAAACUGCAAUUGUAAUAUUUUGGACGCAAAAUUAGACAAAUAAAACAGUUGACAAAAUUUGUAGCGAAUGAAGAUUUCUCCGAUGUGUUAAAGUAUUGUUUCGCGAUAUUUUUGAGAUAAAGAAAAAUAAUUAUUUCAA